AUGGGAGGUGCUUACCAUGUCGGAGUUGAGGUGUACUGGCUCGAGUGGUCUUUCGGAUGGUGUGAAGAGGGCAGUGGCGUCUACAUGGUCUUUCCUGGACAAAGUACGCUUGGCACCUUUCGUGAACGAGUUCCACUAGGACGAACACCACUCACAGCAGACGAGGUUUUUCGCGUCUUAGAGAAGAUGCGGCUGGAGUUACCAGGCUCCAACUACGACCUCUUACGCUGCAACUGCGCACACUUCAGCGUGUCCUUUGUGAAGCGACUGCGUGUAAGUGAGGCACCUUCAUGGGUGAACUCCUUGGCGAACGUGGGCGAGCACCUUGUGGCACAGCUGGGCAUGGCAGGGGCCCAGGCUGCAGCAGCUGCGGCAACACCUGCAGAGUCGGACCGGGUGGCCCCGAGAUAUGUGCGGUUUGGGGACGACGACGAGCUGGAGGAUCUCGCGGGUGAGGGUGACGACCAAGCGCUGCGGGAGCUCGCCUGGCGGCGUGCCCAGGCCUUUGUUCUGGAAAAGUUGGCAGAAGCCGAGCGGGAUGCCCGCUCGCUGGACCUGGCAAUGGAACUGAAGUGGGCUCCGACUUCGGAAGACACGGCGCGUACGGCAGCAAGAGUUUCUGAUCUUCUCGAGGAUCCCAGGCUGAUGCAAGCGCUUGCAGAGGCCUCAGCUGCUGGGUUUGGCUUGCCCUGUCCGUUUCUCCGGCAGAAGGAGGAGGCGGGCUGGUCAUUGCUUGGAGACGACGAGUCCGAAGAAGAGCUGGAGGAGGAUGGCUACUGCGGAAAUGUGCAGGUCCGUAAGCUGCUGAAGGGCCAAGGGCGACUGGUCACUGCGAGACUUCGCCUCCGCGGAGCAGCCCUCGAUGACAAGGGCGCUGCGCCGCCGUGGCGCGGGGCCAGCUUCCGCGAGGCACUCCGCCAGGCGGUGGCACCCAAGCGAGGGCUUUCCAUCCGCUGGACCGGACAUGCCGCAGAUCAUUGCCAACUUAGAGGUUGUCACUUCACCGGACCAAGCUCUCUUCGGAUCUCGGGUCGAGACCAGCUGCGGACCUUACGGGGGCAAGGUGUUGCAUGCUCAAGCCCGUCCUGCGGCUCCCGCGCUCUCAAAGCUUUCGGACAAGAGGCACAGGGCUCCGUCGGCUCCGUCGGCUCCGUCGGCUCCGUCGGCUCCGCGGCCUCCGAGCUGGGAGCUCCAGCGGUGGCAAGAGGAGCAGCAGGAGCUCUGGAACGCUCAGCGCGAGCAAUUGCCACGGUGGCGGUGGCAGGUCCAACAGCUCCAGGUUAA